UAAAAAAUUUAAACUAACAGACAGUAAGAUUGAGAAGGAUACAGUUUACAAUUCCAAAAGAAAGAUCAUGAUGGGAACAUAAAGGAAGUGCUUAUUGUGAACUUUUAGUAGGGCAUAUGCACACCACACAUCUAGGAGUGGUUGGCUUCUGAUUGAACCUAAAAGCCUCGAAAAAGGGUUGAAGAAUAAAACUGUCUUGGUGUAGACAAGUCAGAAAAAUACAUUGCUAUAGGCCAAACCAGUUUCUUACAGGACCCAAACGACCACAUAUCUUUAAACUUCUAGUAGGUCCGAAUAUCCAUAUUUCAUUAAAUGAUGUUAUUAAAAUUCUGACAUCAUUGUGAUUUGUGAACACUUCAAAAAAAGUUACACACACCAUUCCUGACACGUGAAUUUCUCAACCACAACACAUUGCAUUGCAUGGCGGAACAUAAAUUUUCCAAACACAUUCACAUUUUUUCAAAAAGUGGUCUCAUGUGAUCAUGUCCUUCAAGCUCUUCUCUCUGAACUCUCUGGUUGAGAGAAAGAAGCCUGAAGAAACCAAAGAUGAAUUGGCCAUUGUGAAAGCUGCUGCAUGGGCAUGGUACCUACAUGGUUCAGGGUCUAAAGCAAAGGCCAAAAAUGAGUUUGAUGUCAAAAGAUCUCAAACUGUAGCAAGGCCUUCACGUUACAAGUUAGAAGCUAUGGGAAUGGCUAAGGAAACACCAUCAAUGCACACCAUCAAGCCUCUUCUUGACUCAUAUGAAGUUCAACGCAUUUCAAAGCAAUUGGAUGGGCUUAUUAAAGAAUCUGACCACAACAACAUUGGCAAUGGCCGCAGCAAAACCGGUAACGGUGAUCGUAAGGAUAAUGGUAACAGAAGGAUGAAGAAUAAGCAGAGGGUCACUUCUUUGUCAGUCAAAUGUGUACCUGCGGUUAAUCUAUCAAUGUGUCUGCCAAAGCCCAAUCAUGCUUUAUGAUCAUUAUCUCUUUUCCAUCACUAGGUUAGUUUCGUGAUUUAUAUCUAUCUAAAUUGCAUGUAAUCCAUCUUUCUACAGAAUAAAUUUCUUGACUAACAUAAGAAAUUUAAACUAAGCAUACUUAUGCUGU